AUGGCUCCCGUCACCGUAGCGGACCGGGACGUUCUACCGGACUCCGUCAAACCCAUCAAUUACGACAUCUCCAUCUUCGAUAUCGAACUUGGUGGUGCGUUCAGCUACCAGGGCACCGUCAGCAUCCUCUCGAAGAUUACCACCCCGACGAGGGAGAUUGUUUUGAACAGCCACCAGCUCAAAAUCCACAGUGCCGAGGUCAGUUUGGAGCAUACCAAGACCCAGCAAGUUUUCAAGUCCACUGGGACAUCGUACGAUGUCCAGAGCCAGCGUGCAACUCUCUCCUUCCCGGAUGAGCUCCCGGUCUCCGAGAAGGCCCUACUUGUCAUCAAAUUCCAAGGAACAAUCAAUAAUGACAUGGCCGGCUUCUACCGGUCGAGAUAUACGCCCGCAGUUACGCCAGCGCCAUCAGUGCCGAAGGAUGGAGACGACCACGUGAUGUUCUCAACCCAAUUCGAGAGUUGUGAUGCUCGUCGAACAUUCCCAUGUUUCGAUGAGCCCAACCUAAAGGCCACCUUUGACUUCGAAAUCGAACUGCCAGAGGAUCAGGUGGCGCUGAGCAACAUGCCUGAAAAUGGCGUGAGAAAGUCCAAGGAUGGGUUCAAGGUCGUGUCCUUUGAGAGAACUCCAAUCAUGAGUACCUAUCUGCUCGCAUGGGCAAUGGGAGACUUCGAGUAUAUCGAAGAUUUCACAAAACGGAAGUAUAAUGGCAAGAACAUCCCCGUCCGCGUAUACACAACCAGGGGGUUGAAACACCAAGCAGAGUAUGCUCUUCAGCAUGCUCCGCAGACCAUCGAUUACUUUUCCGAAAUCUUUGACAUUGAUUACCCACUCCCAAAAGCAGAUCUACUUGCUGUUCAUGAAUUUUCGCAUGGCGCUAUGGAAAACUGGGGCCUCGUUACCUACAGAACCACAGCCGUGCUCUUUGAUGAGAAAACAUCUGAGGCGAGGUUUAAGAACAGGGUCGCCUAUGUCGUCGCUCACGAGCUGGCUCAUCAGUGGUUCGGCAACCUCGUUACCAUGGACUGGUGGAGCGAACUUUGGCUUAAUGAGGGUUUCGCUACAUGGGUGGGUUGGCUGGCGAUAGACCAUAUCCACCCGGACUGGAAUGUUUGGCCUCAAUUCGUGGCGGAAGGAAUGCAAACCGCUUUUACCCUUGAUUCGCUUCGUAGCUCUCAUCCCAUUGAAGUCCCUGUGCGAGAUGGCCUCGAGGUUGAUCAAAUCUUUGAUGCAAUCAGCUAUCAAAAGGGUAGCGCCGUCAUUCGCAUGUUGGCUGCGCAUCUUGGCCGCGAAACCUUCCUCAAGGGCGUUUCUAAUUACCUCAAGUCCCAUGCUUAUGGAAACGCCACGACCAAUGAUCUUUGGUCCGCACUGAGCGAAGCCUCCGGCCAGGAUGUGAACGGUUUGAUCGACAACUGGAUCCGCAAAGUCGGAUUCCCAGUGGUAACUGUGGCUGAAGAACCCGGUCAGAUCAGCCUCAAACAGUCCCGCUACUUAUCCACCGGGGAUGUCAAGCCAGAGGAGGAUACGACCACUUGGUGGGUUCCUCUAGGACUAGAAGGCAAAGCCGGCGCUCAAGGCGUCACCUCCAUCGGUCUCACGGAUAAAGAGACUGUUAUUAGAGAUAUUGACGAUUCAUUCUACAAGAUUAACAAAGAUAACGCUGGCUUUUAUAGAACGAACUACCCCCCAGCAAGACUAGCUAAGUUAGGCACCCAGAUCGAUCGGCUUAGCACCGCUGACAAGAUUGGCGUGAUUGGUGAUGCGGGAGCUUUGGCGUUUUCUGGGCAGGCCACAACGGCCGGCCUACUCGCCUUUGUCGAAGGUCUCCAAUCUGAGUCAAAUUACUUGGUGUGGUCACAGGUUUUGAGCUCCUUGGGAACAGUCAAGUCGGUCUUCGCUGAGAAUGAAGAAAUCUCAGAGGGCCUAAAGAAAUUCGCUCUCACUCUCAUUACCCCAGCAGUUGAGAAGAUUGGUUGGGAGCCAUCGCCAAAUGAGGACUAUCUUACCGGCCAGCUUCGUACUCUCCUCAUCCUCACCGCAGGACUGAAUGGACAUGAAGGCAUUACCUCUGAAGCACAACGCCGAUUUGAGCUCUACAUGAAUGGCAAUGACAAAACGGCCAUUCCUUCUAACCUCCGGUCGGCAAUUUUUGGUAUCUCAAUGCGCCACGGCGACAAAUCGGAAUACCAAGCUCUAAAGAAGGAGUGGCAGACGACAACUUCGAUCGAUGGCAAAGAGAUCUCUCUUCGAGCCAUGGGACGUCUAAGGAAUCUCGAGCUUCUACCAGAUUACCUCGACUUCAUCUUCACCACGGUCGCCACGCAAGAUAAGCACACCGGUGCCAUGGCCUUAGCCGCGAAUUCCGAGACCCGUGACCCAUUGUGGAAGUACAUCCAAGAAAACUUCGACACUAUUUAUGCAUCCCUAUCAAAGAACAUGGUUGUCCUCGAUCGGUUCCUGAAAGUGAGUUUGCAGAAAUUCAAUGGUAAGGAGGUUGAGCAAGAGAUUUCGAUUUUCUUUGAGCCAAAGGAUAAUCGCGGAUAUGAUCGUACUUUGAAUGUCAUCCGGGAUACUAUCCUAAGUCGGGCUGCCUAUAAAGAAAGGGAUGGCAAGCUCAUCUUAGAAUGGCUGAAGACACACGGAUAUGCCUAA